CUUUGCCAGGAGUUAUUGACCGCUUUCAAGAAAGAGUCGGCAGAAAGCGGAAAGCCGCGCCUCCUACUGGCGGCAGCCGUGGCCGCUGGCGUGGGAACAGUUGACAAAGCGCACGAAGUCAGUAAAUUGGCGGAAAUACUUGAUUUUAUUAAUUUGAUGGCCUAUGAUCUUCAUGGAAGCUGGGACCCAACAACUGGACACCAUACAGCACUAGAGGGUCGCCCAGGGGAUACAUUGACGGUCUCGUACGCAGUGCAGUAUUGGCUGGAAGGUAUGCCCGGCAAGAAAAUUGCAUUAGGACUGGCUACGUAUGGUCGAGCGUUCAAACUAUCCAACCMUAGCCAAAAUGGACUUGGAGCACCAACCACAGAAAAGGCUACCCCUGGGAGGUACACCAGAGAAGCAGGAUUCCUGUUCUAUUACGAGAUAUGUGAGAUGGGUCUGACAGUGGUACAGGACAAUGCAGUGAGAGCCCCGUAUGGAUACGUUGGCGAUCAGUGGGUGGGGUUCGAUGACAAGGUGAGUUUGGUAUUGGAAGUGAAUACUCUGAUCAAGGGAAAAAAUCUCCUUGGUGCCAUGUUCUGGGCUCUGGAUCUGGAUGAUUUUAAAGGUUCUUUUUGUGGCCAAGGAAAGUAAGUUAAGUUGUGUAAUCUAAUUAACAAUUAGAUUAUGAGCUCGAGAUUUCUAUGAGAUGAUAGUUGAUGAGGCCGAAGGUCG